UGGCUGAAAGCAAGGCAUCUACUAAUAGGGCAAAGCAUAGCCAUCCAACACCGAAAGUCAGAUAGCCAAUUGAAUCCCCGUAAAGGAAAACCACAAUCCACGCACCUUCCUCUCUGUUUCACUCCCCAGUAAUCAACUUAUUAGCUAUAUCUAGCUGCUCUCAGUUCUCAUAUCCUCUUCCUCUCUCUCUCUCUCUCUCUCUCUCUCUCUCUCUCCAUAGUCCUAAGAAUAUGAACCUGAGCCAUCCUUCCAUGACAUUUCUCUCCUUGGUUCCUCUCUUCUUGCUCCCCUCCUUAAUCUCAGCCCAGACCUGCCAAAGAACAUGCGGCAAACAAAUCCUCAAAUAUCCAUUUGGCAGUGAUCCCGGUUGCGGCGACCCACGCUUCCAACAAUACGUCGCUUGCAACCAACAAAGGCUCACUUUAACCACUCACACCGGCUCCUACCCUGUCAGCACCAUAGACUACACACACCAAGUCAUCUACAUAUCAGAUCCUUCCAUGUCAACCUGUUCCUGCACACAACCAAGCAAAGGCUUCGGCCUCGACUGGGAUGCGCCCUUCACUUUUCACGACGACACCAUCUUUGCCUUAUUAGACUGUUCGACCACUUCCUCCCCUAUAUACACUUCGAAUGGCCUAAAUACUGAAGGAAACGGCUCCAAACCCCUUCUUUGCGCUAACGAGGGGACACCCAUUUGCAGUUAUUUAUACUCUUGCCGGCCUAUUAGCACCAUCAACCUCCCAAUCUCAACCUGCUGUAUUUACGCUCCGAUGGAUCUUGGGCCGUCGUUUGAAAUGGAUUUAAAGAAGCUUCAGUGUACUUCAUAUUCUGGAUUUUACAGCUUCAAUGGCCAGGAAGCUAACCCCGAAAACUGGAACUAUGGGAUAGCACUCAAAUAUAAGUUCAACGUGAAUAAUGAAUAUCCAAUCUCGUGUUCUCAAUGCGAGAGAAGUUAUGGAGUUUGUGGCUACACUGGAGCAUACAAUUCGUUUAUCUGUAACUGUCCUAAUGGGCUCAACAUGUCAACGGAUUGUUUCUUCACGGCACCCUAUAACAAUGGCUUGAGGCUUCUUCCAUGGAAGAAUGGGGCUGGGUUGAUCUUUUUUUUGGCAUGGUCAUUAGUUUGGGUUUUGAUGUAGCUUAUGCAUGGGAUCCUCCGGCCAAAUCAAGAAUAAAAAUUGUAAUGCUGGGUUGUGGUCGACUUAUUCGCUUAGAAAAAUAGCCAAUGAAAUCCGGCAUCUUCGGGUGGCAGACAAGUGUGCACAUUCCACUAGUGGACAGUAUUUUCAUCUGAUGUGUGUAUAUAUACUGCGAAAUUUAAUGUUUAAAUGUGCAUGUUUAUCCCU